AUGAAAUUUAAAAUAAUUGGGUUAGGUGCGAUCAACCUAAGGUUGGUUGGACUACUGAUCUACUUUAUUACACUAAUAUUUGCCACGAAGGGCGAUGAGAAGGGAACAGCGUGCUCAAAAAGUGAUUACCUACAGUCUCAUGUGGACCUCAUGAAGUCCUACAUGAACUUGAGUGUAGCACCUUGUGACGAUUUCUACGAGUACGCCUGCGGAAACUAUGUACCCAACUCGCAGUUCCGAUAUCCGGUUUCGAAAAACAGCCCGGAUGACAUUACGAAGCACCUGGUGGGCAGGGCAAAACAAUUAUUGAACAGGAUGGAUCUGGCGGAGUCUCUCAAUGUGUCCAGCGAACUUGCGGUGGCUCAAAGGUUUUACAACGCCUGUUUGGGAGCUGAUCUCCAUCCGUUUCCUGCUGCUGAUCCGAAUUAUCUAAGCCUCAUUCGCUCGAUCGGAGGUUUUCCUGCCGUCGAUGGUGCCACCUGGAAUGCCUCUAACUUCAACUGGGUUAACAUGAGCGCCCACUUGACCAACUACGGAGCAGAGGGUCUGUUCCAGGAGGAGCUCAACGAUCUGUAUCCUUUCCUCCCUUAUUUCAAUCCACAACCAAAGCUGGGAUUUGACACCACCAUUCAGAAGAACGCCAUCGUCAGCCCUUCUUCCUACCCACUCAACGAGGAGCGCAUGCGAGGAUACCUGAGAUCCUUUAAGCUAUCAGAGGACAAAAUUGCAGAGGUGAUCGACGGUGUUUUCGCAUUUUGGCGUGAGGCGACAAAGGUGGAAACAUUUAUCAACUUUGGGGACUGCAAAUCCUUGGAGGCUAACUACUUUGAGAUCGUCUGGAACCGGGACACAUCAAAGAAGAGCAAAUUUUGUAAUUAUUACUUCAUCGAGAUGGACAAGGUGUGUGCCCGUCAUCCCGAGGCGGUUGCCAAUUAUCUAGCGAUGAAGCUGCUGUACACAUUCGACGCCAAACUUAAUGGCACCAAAAACCAGGCAGAUUAUUGCGCCACAAAGCUGCAGAAUACUAUGGCGUUCCUAUUUAACAGACUCGAUAUAGCGGAACACUUUACUCGAGAAAUUCAGUUGGAAGUAUCUGAAAUUGUGGAGGAACUGGAGAAGAGCAUGCGAAGGUCGCUGGAGGAAGCCGAUUGGUUGGACUCGGAGUCCCAAAAGACGGAACUGCUGGAAGAAUCCCAUAUCAAAUCUCCCUUCAACUUUACCGAGUACAACUUACUCGCCUAUCGCAUAAUCCGGGAAAUUGGCCUCCUGAAAAUAGUGGACGAUAGUUACGCUGCGACCAAUAUAAAUCUGCAACGCCUCAGUGUCGAAAUCAAUCGAUUCAGCACCCGUCACUCAUCGGAACUCUCCAAACAAUCCGAAUCACAAAGACAUCUGUCGGAAGACUUUCUUAACCUAUACACUCAGUUGCUACCGCCCGUUUACCAUCACUCUUGGCCAUUUUCGCUGAAAUUCGGCGCAUUAGGUUACCUCAUUACUCGCAGCUCCAUCAACAGUUACCGGUGGCUUAUCAAACAGGAAACUGAAUUGUCUAAACGCGUCGAAUGCUUUUUGGAUUACUACAAAAAGUACGUGAUUUCAAGUGACAAUUAUGGAGCCUACAGAAUGAGUGACUUGGGUAGAUUGCGACUGACAUUUGCUGCCUACCAGAGCCAUGUGAAGCAUAUCCUGGGGGAUUCUAAGCAAGAGAAUGUCAACGAGCGGAUGCCAGGACUAGACCUGUCGCCGAAUCAGCUAUUCUUUCUGGGAUCCGCUCAGAGGCUUUGCUACGAUGACAAGAUCUAUUUUAAGAGGAUGUCUUUUGCAGCCUUAUCGAGCACUGAAGACUUUUUCCAGGCCUUCAACUGUCCCGUGGGAUCUGGCAUGCGGCCAACAGCCAAAACUUGUCGUAUGUGGUAG